UCCUUAAGUAGUGCAGAUGAGCAGUGCAAUUCACAUUCCCACAGUGUACAGUGUCUGUGUGCAAUACACACACUAUGCUGCUUUGGAGAAACUUCCUGGGAAAGAUUCUGAAAUGAAUGACUUUGCAGUGACUUACCUGUUCUUGAACAAAUGAGACAGAACUCUGUGAGACAGAGGUGAAAAUGACUUCAGUCAUCACGGAUUACAUGAGGUUAUGAAAAGCAUCUUUUCCAAGGAACAUGCACGUGGACCAUCAAGCCAGGGACCUCGCCAUCCAUCAGGGACACCCUGAACCAGUCAUCCUCUCUCAGAAGACACGGAGCAAUCUACAGUCAUUCAUAAAAGGGGAACCAGUUCUCUUUGGGGUGAGCCAGAUCCUGAUUGGCAUGAUGAAUAUUUCUCUGUGGCUUAUGUUAAAGGCCUCCAAUUAUUUUCCUGAUCAGUUUCUUCCAUUCCUGGGUGGCGUUGAAUUCCAAUAUCUUUUCCUUUUGGGGCCAAUCUUCUACGUUGUGUCUGGAACGCUGUCCAUUGUGACUAGAAAGAACAUUACAAAAAGUAUGAUUUAUGGAAGCCUGGGGAUGAACUCUGUGUGUGCCGUGUUAGCAGGAGCAUCGUUAUUUGCCCUCUUAGUUCCAUUUGGAUCCUGCUCUGGAUGUGGCACUUUAUCAUUUUAUAUCAGGAGAGGGAUUCUAAUUGUGAGUUGCAUCCUUACACUGCUGGAGUUCUGCAUCGCUGUGUCUCUGUCUGCAUUUGGGUGCAAUGCUGUCUGCUGUGAUGUGACCACAGUGGUGGUUAACAUAUCCUCCAAUGAGCAGGAACUUUCUCUGCAUGCUGGAGAUCAUGUAUAUGAUGAGGUGGCUUUCCCACCCACUUAAGUGGCUUCUUGGAAAACUUUGAUGUUCUACCAAUGUUCCUUUUCCAUUUUGUCAUCCAGUAUUUUAGUGCCAUUCAUUAAAGAAUGUCUUGAGUUAAA